AUGUGGGGCUGUGCUUGUCCCUUGCUCCUGGCUGCCUGCAAGGGGCCUGUCCCUGCGGUGCAUGUCCUGGUGCAGAAAACAGUGUACGGGGCCAACGUCAUUGUGUUUGAAGGGAUUCUGGCUUUUGCUAACAAGGAGUUGCUGAAGCUCCUGGACAUGAAAGUGUUUGUGGAUACGGACUCUGACAUCCGACUGGUGCGGCGGCUGCAACGCGACAUCAUGGAGCGCGGGCGAGAUAUUGUGGGCGUCAUCAAGCAGUACAACAAGUUCGUGAAGCCAGCCUUCGAGCAGUACAUUGAGCCCACCGUGCAGGUUGCUGACAUCGUGGUGCCCAGGGGUGGGGAAAACUUUGUGGCUCUGGACCUCAUUGUGCAACAUGUGCACAGCCAGCUGGAGAAGCGUGAAAUCACUGUCAGGGCAGCCCUGGCCUCUGCCCACCAGGGGCAGCCCCUGCCGAAGACACUGAGCGUCUUGGAGAACACGCCACAGGUGCGAGGCAUGCACACCAUCAUCAGGAACAAGGACACAACCAGGGAUGAGUUCAUCUUCUACUCCAAGCGCCUAAUGAGGCUGUUGAUUGAACAUGCCCUCUCCUUCCUGCCGCUCAAGUCGGUUACUGUGGAGACGCCCCAGGGGACAACGUACGAAGGAAAGCGAUUUCACAGGCAGAGGAUCACAGGCGUGUCCAUCCUGAGAGCAGGGGAGACCAUGGAGCAGGCCCUUACUGCUGUCUGCAAAGACAUCCGGCUGGGCAAGAUACUCAUCCAGACCAACCACGACACAGGGGAGCCCGAGCUCCACUACCUGCGCCUGCCCAAGGAGAUCAGCGAAGACUACGUCAUCCUCAUGGACAGCACCGUGUCCACGGGCGCUGCAGCCAUGAUGGCAGUGCGCGUCCUGCUGGACCAUGAUGUCCAAGAGGACAAGAUCUUCUUGCUGUCGCUGCUCAUGGCAGAGAUGGGGGUGCACUCUGUGGCUUACGCCUUUCCUCGUGUCCGCAUCAUCACCACUGCCGUGGACAAGAGGAUCAACGAGGAGUUCCACAUCAUCCCGGGCAUUGGGAACUUUGGGGACAGAUACUUCGGUACGGACGCCCCGUCUGCCUGGUGUGACAGUGACAGCAUGGACUACUGAGCUGGCUGCCCUGGCCACCAGCCGGGCUGCCCACCUCUGCCCCCAGGAGGGGCUCUGAGCUGCCAGCCUGCGCCCAGUCCCAGCGCGGGGCCCCGUGCCUACCCUAGGCGCU